AUGGUCUCUGCUUUGUUGUCACUUGCCGUGGUCUCCGUGGCUGGCCUUGCCCAGGCUCGGUCCGAACUAUUCCAACGGCGUGUCAACGACGAGUGCUGUCCCUGCCCGGUAUCCGGAUCUCCAGGUCCUCAGCCGCCAGUCACCGUCACAGUCACCCACCCCGGUCCUACAGCUCCAGACACCGUAACAGUCUUUGUCACGCAGGGACAGCCAGGGCCUUCAGAAGCCGCGAAGGAGACGGUCACAGUUAGUCACACCGUAACUGCUCCGGGUACAACCAUCACCGCCCCAGGAACUACGGUUACUGCUCCGGGAACUACCGUGUAUGUUGGUGGCAGCGUCCCUGCUGGGUCAUCACCUUCGCAGCCACAGACCAAUCUUCCCAGCCCCGAGCAUGGGAAUCCGAGUGCCAACGAGAACAGGGUUCAAAAACCGUCCGUCAUCACUCACACUGUCUUUUUGCCAAACCAGUCAGCCCACAUACCUGCAACAAACAGAGUCAGCGUUACCACCGUCACUGCGACCCUACCUCAGGACAACACACACCAGCCGGAAGCGACUGGUUCUCGGCCUUCCCCCAAUACACCAUCUCCGAAUAACUCGAAUGGGUCCGGUUCAGGAAACUCUCAGACCCCGAGCAACCAAUCUCAGAACAUCCAGACUCCAAACAAAGAGGCAUUCAUCAACCAGGCACCCAACAACCAAGCGCCCAACAACCAUCCCUCCAACAAUCAGGCGCCUAGCAAUCAAGCACCGGGUAUCCAAACUGUCACUGUCAGCCAAUCCCCCGAUCCCAAGGUGCAGACGGUUACAGUCACACAGGGAACUGCCAACACCCAGCCCGUGCAAUCGGCCAGCGUCGUCACCGUGACCGCCGCACCAAACUCCCAGCCUAUUCCACCCUACGUCCAAUACCCCGAAUUCUACCGGACCGUCACCCAGACCAUCCACAACGGCGACACCACAAACAUCGAGAUCAACAUGGUCAACAUCAUCAACGGCAACACCUUCUGCAUCGUCCAAGGCACCAACAACCCCUGCGGCAACAACGUGGUCAUCAACAACCCCAGCAGCCCACAGACUACCUCCAGCCCCAACCAUCCCCAGGCAGCAGCAGCCGGUGGCCCAUCGUCGAUGAUCACCACCACCUCCUGCCCAACGCCCCAAAAUUCCACCAGCAUCGCUACCGUCUACAACACCGUCACUGCCACCAUCAGCCCGGGCCGCGGAAGCAACGACACCGCCGGGUUCUGGGCCGCCCGUCCCACAGGGGCAGAUCGGCUCCCUCGCAGCCCCGUACACAGGGUAUGGUAG